AUGGCCUCAAAGCCCUACUCCAGAACACAACCACAACAGCAACCACAGCAACAAAUCCAGAGAGGAGGCUAUCAACAAAGGCCGACGAGACAAAUCCAGUGCUUUCAUUGCAAACAAUUAGGGCACAAAACUAGCGAAUGCCCCCAACUCCCUCUAUCUGGGUACCAAGGAGGAGGUUCUGGAGCAAAUACCCAGGCAUUAGGUGGGCAGAAGCCUUGGACAAACAAGAUAGGAUCUACCAGGCAGCAGCUCCAGAAGAGUGGGAGAGCUCAGAACGCCAAGACCAGUGGCAACCAGAAGGCAACCGGUAGAAUCUUUGCCUUGCAAAAGGAAGAAGCAGACUCGUCUGUAAUUGAGGGUAAUUUAGUGCUAUACAAUUCUUGGGUGCAUGUUUUGUUUGAUACUGGUUCAUCACAUUCUUUUAUAUCCUCUGCUUGUGCUAAGUCAUUAGAACUUGUAUGUGAACCUUUAGAAACUUCCUUAAAUGUAAUGUCACCUAUGAGAGGAUGCGUUCAGAUAGGAUUGAUCUGUAAGGAUUGUAAGAUAGGAAUGUCGGACCUACGCUUAACUUGCAACCUUCGUGUCAUGGAAAUGUCGGACUUCGAUAUCAUUUUGGGCAUGGAUUGGUUGUCUGCCCACCGAGCAGUGAUCGACUAUCGUCAGACAAAAGUAAUAGCUCACACACAUGACGGGACACGUUUCCUGUUUAAGGGGGAUAGACAAGACCCCAUGGCUUCAACGAAACGUCAGACGCAGUGGCACGAUCAACUUGCGAGUAGGAUAGCAAGUUUAAUUUUAAAUGAGGAGGGCCAAGGAGAAUUAGAACUUCCGCGCGUAGUAUGCAAAUAUGUAGAUGUAUUUCCUAUGGAAUUACCAGGAUUGUCACCAACCCGGGAGGUAGACUUUAGUAUUGAGCUACAACCUAGGACUACCCCAAUAUCCAUGGCCCCGUAUCAUGGAAAUGUCGGACUUCGAUAUCAUUUUGGGCAUGGACUUGUUGUCUGUCUACCGAGCGAUGAUCGACUGUCGUCAGAGAAAAGUAAUAGCUCAAACACAUGA